AUGUUCGGCCUCGACGUCCCCAAAAUCACUCGCGCCGAAUUCGACGGCUCUGACCCUCAACUCCAACUUGCUCAACGAUACGCCGCAUCACAAAAAUCGCGUUCUACCAGCGCAGUCUCCUCUGCGCGUGUCUCUGUUGACGACGAGACUUACUCCAUCUCUUCGUCUGAGAAGAAGGUUUCUUCUCCUUCUGCUGCGGAGAAGAAGCAGAAGAAGAGACUUAGGAGGAAGCGAACCGAGAAUGGAAACAACAAAAAAUGA